AUGCUCUCGAAACAGCUGGACCAGUUCUGCGACGAUGGCCAUUGCGACAUGUACGGCCUGCGAGGAAAGCUGCCCAAGUUCGGCAACGACGGCGGAUCUGAUGGCGAGACCACGGACGACAGGGCUGACGCUGGAGAUACACACAUCGGGCAGGUCUCCCAACCUUCUGGGCUUGGUGACGAAUGUGCGCUGUUCCCCAAUACUUCCAGUGUUUUGCUCGUCAUGAAGACUGGCGCGUCUGAAUCCUAUUCCAAAAUUCCCACCCAGCUGAUGACCAACCUAAAAUGCGUAUCCGACUUUCUUUUCUUCAGCGACAUGACCCAAAAGAUUGCGGGCUACACCAUCCAUGACAGUCUCGACAGCGUGCUUGACCAAGUCAAGGAAAAGAACCGAGACUUCGACCUCUACCGCCGACAGAAGAAAUGCCCCGUCGACCAGGAGCAGUGCAACAAGAACCACGAUGUCGCUCAGCAGGGAUGGGACCUGGACAAGUAUAAGAACAUUCACAUGGCGGAAAAGGCAUACGAAAUGCGGCCCGACUAUGACUGGUAUCUCUUUGUUGACGCCGACACCUACGUCGUCUUCCCCACGCUGAUGGAGUGGCUAGACCAGAUGGAUCCUAACAAGGCGCAUUACAUCGGCAGCGUCGCCUAUCUAGGGGGCUUCCCAUUUGGACAUGGCGGAAGCGGCUAUCUGGUCUCCAGGAGGGCCAUGCGAUCAAUGUUUGCCGGCAGGACCGGCGUUGCGAAUAAAUACGACGAGGCGGCCCAGGAAACCUGCUGUGGCGACUACAUGUGGGCCAAAGCCUUGAAGACGGAGACUGGUAUUCCGGUCGUCAAUGCCUGGCCAGUCAUCAACGGGGAAAAGCCACACACCGUCCCGUACGCCGAAGACGAGUGGUGCCAGCCCAUUGUCACCAUGCACCACGUCGUUGCGGAGGAGAUCUCCGACUUGUACGCAUUCGAGAAAGGGCGCAAGUUCAGCAAGAUGCUGCGAAUCAAGGACCUGUAUCACGAGUUUGUCAGCCCGGAGCUGGUGGAGGCACGAGCAGACUGGGACAAUCUGAGCGAGGAUGUCUUCUACUUGAACAAGACGCAGGCCAAGUACGAAGACUGGGAACUGGACCUGGCCAAGACUAAAAAUCUAUCCGAGUUGGAGGCUGAAGCCCACAAGAGUUUUGACGACUGCCAGAAGGCAUGCUUGAGCAUGGCCAGGUGCUUCCAGUUCCGCUACCAAAACAGCAUUUGCGGAAUUUCCUUCAAAAUCAAGCACGGCAAACCUGUCAAGAAGGGCGACGACGACUCCAAGCGAUAUAUGAGUUGGUGGAACGUGGAGAGAAUCAAGAAUUGGACCGAGGCGCAGGGUGAUUGCGACGGACAAAAUUUCAAGUGGCCAGUCCGCGAUAGGCACUCAACGACAGUCUGA